AUGAAAUCGACCGUCAAGAAUGACAGUCCCAACGGAUGGGUCGUACAGAAAUUCGGGGGCACAAGCAUUGGGAAGUUUCCGGACAAGAUAGCAGAUGAUAUUAUCAGGGUCAACUUGAGGAACAACAAGAUUGCCAUCGUUUGUUCAGCACGCAGCUCAGGAAAGAAGGUCACCGGCACCACAAGUCGGCUGCUUGAAGUAUACAGGAGGCUCAGGAAUAUUGACGCCGCCGUCGGCAUAGAGAACACUCAGACAGAAUUGCUGGAAGAGGCCAGGAGCCUCAUCCAGGACAUCUGUGAUGAUCAUCUAUUCUCUGCCGAGUCGGUCCUCACGACCCCAGAUCUCAAGGAGGCCCUGAAGGAAGAAAUCAAAAAUGAGUGUCAAGAGCUCAUAGAGUACAUACAGGCUGCGAAGCGCUUCAAACUUGAGGUCAACUCAAGAUCCAAAGACCGAGUUGUGAGCUUUGGUGAGCGGCUGAGUUGUAGGUUCAUGACAUAUGUACUGAGGGACCGGAAUGUGGAAGCCGAGUAUGUGGAUCUAGCCGACGUGCUUCACAAUGACAGUGCAGGACGACUGGAUCCUUCCUUCUACCGAGACGCUGCAGCCGCGUUUCGAGGCAAGAUACAGGCUUGCGAGGAUCGAGUACCUGUCAUCACUGGUUUCUUCGGCAACGUCCCGGGAAGUCUUAUGGAUGGUGACGUUGGGCGAGGAUACACUGAUCUCUGCGCGGCGCUCGUAGCGGUUGGCAUAAAGGCGGAUGAGCUCCAAAUAUGGAAGGAGGUAGACGGCAUCUUCACAGCAGACCCGACCAAAGUCCCUACUGCGCGACUCCUAUCGUCCAUCACGCCCUCCGAGGCAGCAGAGCUGACCUUCUACGGGUCUGAGGUCAUCCACCAUCUCACGAUGGACCAGGUCAUAAAGGCGGACCCACCCAUCCCUGUGCGCAUCAAGAAUGUCAAGAACCCGCGUGGCGAGGGUACCAUCGUCAUUCCCGACCCAGUACUGGCGCCAGGUCAACAGCUGAAGCGCUCACGGCCGUCUCAGAUCAACUUGGUGCGGCAGACACCUAAGAGGCCGACAGCAGUCACCAUCAAAGACAAGAUAUCGGUGAUCAAUGUCCACUCCAACAAACGGUCCAUCGCUCAUGGGUUCUUUGCCCGCGUCUUCUCCAUCCUGAACAGCUACAAGAUCUCGGUCGAUCUCAUCUCCACCAGUGAGGUGCAUGUGUCUAUGGCCGUGCACCUGCCAAACUCUGAAGCUGUCAUGUUCGACAAGGCUAGGCAAGAGCUCGAGGACUGUGGAGACGUCAGUGUCUUGCACCAGAUGGCCAUUUUGAGCCUGGUCGGCGCGGAUAUGAAGAACAUGAUAGGUGUUGCCGGCAAGAUGUUCACGACGUUAGGAGAGCACAAUGUGAACAUUGAGAUGAUUUCACAGGGCAAGUCCAACAUCUAUACACUAGCCGCGGGCUUGGAAGAACAGUAA